UGACCAGACUCUUGCGCAACCGGUACUAGAGGUGAGGUAAAUCAAACGCACCGAAAUAAGCAUCAGACAGUUAUUGUUGUCAUGCACUUGUUUGAUAGCAUGUGAACGAGUAAAGUUUCCAACAAAUCUUGGAUACUGGUGAGUCGCUCAACCUUGGACGAUAAACAUCACGCUAAACAUAAAACCUACCGUUAUAUAUGUGGAACGAAUUAGUGAACUACGGUAUCUAGCUAGCUAGCUUGGCUAAUGUUAGGCUAGCUAAGGUAAGCUUGCCGAUAACUUGAUUAGAGCCAGCUUGCUUAGAAUGCAAAAAACAUCACGCUAGCUGACGUUCGUCAUUCAUUCACAUUUACUGGUUUGUCUACGCGACUGUUAUGAAUAACAAAUUAUACAUUGAUAGCUAGCCAUUUCAAACGACAUCAAACAGGUGUAGUUACUUAGUUAGCUAAUCUGUCAAACCUACUCGCUUGCCAUAGAGAGCCGUAACUCUUCUGUGCUACCAAUGCAAUGUGCAUGUCAAAAGUCGCGUUACCAACUUGUUGGUACACGCACUACUACUAGAUACAUGGGUUCCUUUAUUUUUAGUUAACGUUAGCUACAGUAGUAUAGUUAGCCUAAACUUCAAAAGAAGGCAUAUGGUGUUUGGCUUGAAAUACAUUCAUGUCUCAGUCGCCACCUUGUGGUUAUUAUUGACCAAAAUACUCAAGACUAGGCGAACAAUGCGAGUAGCUAGUUUUUUGGGUUGUAGAAUAGUUUACUAAUCACAUGUUCAUGUCCCCUUUCCACAGUGACCAGUCAUUUUGUUCUAUUCAAAAAUGAACUUCUCUGAAGUCUUAAAACAGUCUAACCAACUGUGCAGAGUUUCACCAGAUGGAAAAUAUUUGGUAAGCAAUCAUUUGUUUCUUUAUACACUUAGUAAUGUAUAUAAUGUAAUGAUUAAGAUUGUACACAAAAAACAGAUACAUAUAUAGGUUGGAGGAGGAGGCUGCCACACUGGACGCCCAUGGAGCAGUUGUUGUGGUGGGGAUAAAUGCCUUGCUCAAGGGCACAACAGCAGGCAACAGCAUCUAGGAUUUGAUACCAGCAACCCGGUUGCCAGCUCACUUCCUGAUGCCAAUAAUGAUUUAUUAAUUGAAGGCUACUGGGUUGUCCCACGAAAUGAGUUCCUUUGAUGUCCCUUUAAUAUUUUAAGUAGAAAUUGUGCACCAAUAUAGAAUUUCAAAAACGUGUUAUAUUAAAUGAAGUUCCCUUUAAUGUAGACCACAUGGAAAAUUCGAUAAAUCAGAUUUAUGGUCUGAAUAAAGAAAGACUUGCUAAAGUGCCAAAAUUCUGCAUUUUAACAUGUCCCUCUAUGCACCCUCUGUGACUUCUAGGAAGAUUUUAAUCCACUUAACCCCAAAACGUCUCCAAGUUUUCACCAUCAUUGUAAAUCCGUAGUUAUUUUGUUGCUUUGACAGUCAUUUCUGAAGUAUAAUAUUUAUUUCAUGUGAUUAGUGAUUCAUCUAAUCACAUGAAAUGUAUGUCCCUCAUUUUAAGGCCAACCCUGUUACGUGAACUGAACUCUAAUUUUAAUAUGGUGAAAACAGUCAUUCUAAAGUAAUUUUUUCUAACAUCUAAUGGUCAAAUCACUGGUUCUAUUCUUUUUGGCCAUUUUCUGGUGUGUUGUGGAAAACUGAGCCAGUCGAGCAUAACACGCCAACUCUGUUACCCAUAGAUAGACGGGCUCGAAAUGUUUUAACAAUGUAAUUUUUUAAAAUGAUGUUUGCAUUCAAUUGCCCCUCCCUGUUGCACAAUUCCCCCUUUCACAAGGGGAUUUAUGGCUGAUUUAAGAUUAAAUCGUCAACCCUGUUACAGUCAACACUGUUACGGUCAACCGGGUUACUUGAUUCGGCACUUAAUAGGCACUUACUAUAGUCCUUUUUUUAUUUAACCUCUUGAGAUAUUAAAACAUGUUUUUUAUUAUGGAGUGACUAGCUGUUGCUAAAUAUACAGAGAUGUCUGGGCAUGCAGGAUCCACUAGCCUACCUCCUUUCAGCUGCUGCUCAGUGCUCAGUCACUCCGUGACUCUGCUGCGGCUCGUACACUAAACUGUUUUAAUUGUCUGUUGUAACAGUAGGCUAUUGCAAACAUAAGCAUGUCAUAAACAGGUCUAGCAAUUUCAUGUUCUUUUUUCAGGAGUUACAGGCAGCUAUUUAGGCAAUCUAUAUGUAGCCUACACAGCAUAUCAAACAAACAAAACACAGACAGGCAAUCAAUAGCGAUUUAAUGUAAUUUUUUUCAUCAUCAUUGCAAACAUUGUCUAAACAGGAGGCAGACUCUGGCUAUAUGGCAGCAUAACUGUAAAGAUUACAUCACUUUUUUGCCCCAAUGCAAUGUGUUGACUGUGUCUUGCUUGUGCUACGGCAAUAUCCGUUUCAACAGACCGAGAAGGUUGUAGCUGGCCCUUCAUAUAGGCUAUAUUUUUGGAACGUUAGUUCAAAUCGCAGCUGUUCAGAAAUGGGGCAGAGACGUAGGCUACAUCAUAAUUUCUAUGACAUUGGUUGAGGGUUCAGAAGAGGGUGAGUAAAGAAAGAAACGUGACUGUGUGUAGUACAUAGCUAGGUUUCAUCCAAUUGGCUACAGAUUUUCAUGCAAAUAUUCUAAAAUACGCAUAAAGAAAAUAUGCAAAUUUUCCCACCAGUGGUUUGUUUCCACCAAACGGACUUGUUGCGGAUAAAAAUCAGUGUGUGAUGACAUAGUGCACACAAUGUACUUUUUUGCUUACAUUUUCAUGUACUGAAUAAAAAUCUAAAGUUCAAUGCGUUUCCAUCGCAUUUUCAACUCUACCGAUAGUUUUGUCACAAACUGUUGCUUUAAAUAGCAAAUGUGCCUUCUCUGGUCUUGGCCACUGCUCUUUCUCAUAUAAUACAUUUUACAGACACAAAAAGAUCCCACCAUGUGGAAUGAACAAAUUAUCUGUCGGCAUUUAUAAAAUUGUAACAAAACUUCCUGUUUCCAUCACAGCUGUCAUAAACAUUUUUUAUACGGUAUGACUUUACUUGCAUAAAAACUGUGGAUGGAAACGUGGUUAAUGACGUGAUUCGGAUCCUUCAUUUUUACAUUUUAGUAAUUUAGCAGACGCUCUUAUCCAGAGCGACUUACAGUUAGUGAAUACAUCUUUUUUUUUAUACUGGCCCCCCGUGGGAAUCGAACCCACAACCCUGGCGUUGCAAACGCCAUGCUCUAUCAACUGAGCUACAUCCCUGCCGGUCCAUUCCCUCCCCUACUCUGGGCCAAUUGUGCGCCGCCCAUGAGUCUCCCGGUCGCGGCCGGCUGCGACAGAGCCUGGAUUCGAACCAGGAUCUAGUGGCACAGUUAGCACUGUGAUGCAGUGCCUAACUGCGUAUUCGUAGCCUAAGCCUUUGAAAAAUACGUUUCCAGAGGGACGGAGGUGAGGCAGGGGCCAUAACUGCGUAUUCGUAGCCUAAUUUGAACAUGUGCUCUUUAUGACAGAAUGUUAAAAUGAGGUGAAAUAAAACUUUACGAAGUUACACUACCCAAAAGGUAGUCAUUUGGUGGAAUGACCCAACUGUUUCAAAUAUUUCUGCCUUGACACCCCAGAUACUUUAUUGGUAUGCAUGCAUUUAGAGUUCCAGACAUACAGUGCCUUCAGAAAGUAUUCACAGCCCUUGACCUUUUCCACAUUUUGUUGUUACAGUCUGAAUUUAAAGUGUCACUGAUCUAGACACAAUACCCCAUAAUGUCAAAGUGGAAUUAUGUUUUUAGAUUUUUUUGCAAAGUAAUUAAAAAUGAAAACCUGAAAUGUCUUGAGUCAAUAAGUAUUCAACCCCUUUGUUAUGGAAAGCUUAAAUAAGUUCAGGAGAAAAACCUGCUUAACAAGUCGCAUAAUAAGUUCCAUGGACUCACUGUUUACAAUAAUAGUGGUUAACAUGAUUUUUGAAUGACUACCCCAUCUCUGUACCACACACAUACAAUUAUCUGUAAGGUCCCCCAGUCGAGAAGUGAAUUUCAAGCACAGAAUCAACCACAAAGACCAGGGAGGUUUUCCAAUGCCUUGCAAAGAAGGGCACCUAUUGGUAGAUGGGUGUAAAUAAAAAAAAUAAAAAAGACACUGAAUAUCCCUUUGAGCAUGGUGAAGUAAUCAACUACGCAUUGGAUGGUGUAUCAAUACACCCAGUCACUACAAAGAUACUACAGUUGCUGGAGAGGAACGGAACCGCUCAGGGAUUUCACCAUGAGGCCAGUGGUGACUUUAAAAACAGUUACAGAGUUUAAUGGCUGUGAUAGGAGAGAACUGAGGAUGGAUCAAAAUUGUAGUUACAAUACUAACCUAAAUGGCAGAGUGAAAAGAAGGAAGCCUGUACAGAAUAAAAAUAUUCCAAAACAUGCAUCCUGUUUGCAAUAAGGCACUCAAGUAAUACUGCAAUACAAGGCAUUAUGUUUGGGGCAAAUCCAACACAACACAUCAGAGUACCACUCUUCAUAUUUUCAAGCAUAGUGGUGGCUGCAUCAUGUUGUGGGUAUGCUUUCAUUGGCAAGGACUAGGCCAAAUAUACACUGAAGUUGCUUACCAAGACGACAUUGAAUGUUCCUGAGUGGCCUAGUUAGAGUUUUGACUUAAAUUGGCUUGAGAAUCUAUGGCAAGACUUGAAAAUGGCUGUCUAGCAAUGAUCAACAAUCAACUUGACAGAGCUCUUAGACUUACCCAAAAACACUUACAGCUGUAAUCGCUGCCAAAGGUGAUUGUAACAUUUUAUUGACUCGGGUUGAAUACUUAUCUAAUCAAUAUAUUUGUGUUUUACUUUUCAUUAACAAAAAAGUAUAAUUUGUCUUCCACUUUGACAUUUGAGUAUUGUGUGUGGAUUGUUGACAAAAUAAUGACAAUUAAAUACAUUUUAAUCCCACUUUGUAACAUAACAAAAUGUUUAAAAAGUCAAGGGGUGUGAAUACUUUCUGAAGGCACUGUAGCAACAUGCCUAUAGGUCAUUUGAAAGCCGCUAACCCAUAUAAAUCUCUUUCUAGUUAAAGGAAUAGGGCUUACAUGACAGGUACCCUAGUCUAGACAGAUUAAUGUUUUAGGUGCAAAUAUGACGCACACCCUAUGUUCUCUACUUAUGCACUCAAAAUAUGUACUUUUAAACAUCGACAACAGGCAAGGCAGAUGGACAUUCAUGGCCUUACAACAGAGUUAAAAAGUCCAAUAAGUACACAUGUAGUUGUGCCGGAACACAACCUUUGUCUUUGUGCCUGAUUGUCUCUAUCCAUCUCCUCCCCCCCAGGCCACAUGUGUGCAGUACAGGCUGGUGGUGCGAGACGUGAACACCCUACAGAUCUUGCACCUUUACACCUGCCUGGACCAGAUAGUCCACAUGGAGUGGUCCUCUGACUCGCUCUUCAUUCUCUGUGCCAUGUAUAAGAGGGGACUAGUGCAGGUGUGAGGUCCUCUAUUAGGCUAGUCUAUAUUGUUUUGAUAUCAUUUGUCCAAUAAUGACAGUUGGUGUAGUGUUUUUAUUUUAUUUAUUUUUUUGCCAAAUUAGCUUGCUCACUGAAUCUGUUGAUGCAUGCUUAAAGUGUUGCAUUUCAAAAACAUUUGUAUACAGAAUGUGGGAAAUUAAGCUGGGAACAAAGUGUACAAAUGUAAUUCAACAACUUGCACAGAUAAAGUGGAAUUUAAGUAGUUAAUUACUGACCAUUUGAAUGGGAAAUUACCCCUCGUUUGAGACGGUGUUAACAUCAAAUGCAAUGCACAGCUUACUUUUGCAGAGGUAACCAUCGCCAGUCUUUCAUGGCGUCUCUCGAUCAGAUUUGGUGUGGUCAAAGGUUUGCUGAGUACAGGUUGAGCUCAAGCUCAGGGAAAGGCAGUUGUCCUUCUCUCACAAUCUCUCUUUCCGUCUCUCUUUCCUCUCAGGUGUGGUCUCUGGAACAGCCCGACUGGUACUGUAAGAUUGACGAGGGCUCGAUAGGACUAGUCUCCUCGCGCUGGAGCCCAGAUGGACGUCACAUUCUCAACACUACAGAGUUUCAUGUAAGUGUGAAGUCACUAGGAGUGUGUGUGUGUUUAUGUGUUUCUGUCUGGUGUCGACUGUUGCUGCCCAUAAUGAAGGAGGAGACCUGAAAAUAGCCAGCAGACAUCAGACCCUGCCCCACCUGACAAAUGUAUGCCCGAUUUCACAGUUACUCCAGCUAGUGUCAUAUCCUCGACACAUGAAUUAAGUUCCUUCUGAGUCCUGUUCUGUUUCUCCUCCCCGAAGUGUGCACUCGUUCACUCCCUUUGAAGCAUUUUAAAAAGCACUGGAUUGGUGUAAGCCUGGGCUUAAGGGGGUUUUCACCAUAUUCCUUACACCACUCCCUCCCUUUGAAAUCCAUGGUGGAAGUGUACAGUGGGAGAAACGGAAUUGGGCUGUAGAUAUGUGUUAUAUUCUUGGAAGAUGACAAUCCAUCCAAUGUGUCAUGUCACACAUCCAAUAGGCUGUGAAAUUCCAUCACACUUAGAAAUGUUUAAUGUGGCGUGUUUUGCUUAAUAAGAAAUGGCAAAAAAGUACAUUCUAGCGUCUUUCUGAUUAGUUUAGACUUUGAAUGAACAUGCUCGCUGGAACCAAACCAGUGUCGGUGUGACAUCAUCGCAACCUGCUUUGCACGUCUGCAAUGACUGUAGGUGAAAGUGCAGUUGUCUGGCUUAUUGGGAGCAUAUUUGUCCCUAGGUAUCAGAGGGGGGUGCGGGCUGCACUCGUCCUCGCCCGCCUGUUUGGGUUACGACUUGGGCACCGUGCCACGGCUGGGCUCGCCUGUCGCCCGAACCCGACUCCAAGACUCACUGACAGGUGUCGGGGCCCAGGCACAACUGUGUAUGGAGGGAGCAGGGAGUGCAAGUGUCUGACAUUUCUGCUUUGUGUCUGUCUGCUUCUUCAACAAACACAGGAAUAGAAUGGCGUCUUCCUCGGUCUGUCUCCUGCCAUUGGGAGGAAUCUGUCCAUGAAAUUCUGAGAACAAGGGAAGAAUUGUCAGUUGUGGAUGUUGGGAAGACGUUAAAAAAAAAGAAGUUUUGUAACAGAAAAUGUGCAUUUCUUAUUGGAUAAGUUCAAGUAGCCCCCCCCGUUUGUCUUUCUUCUUCAGUUUGGUGCCUUGUAUGACUCAGAACUCAUGCAAGAAGCCCUGUUUUCCCAUUUGGGGUGCCAAGCCCGUUUACCAGAAGUCUUUGGGGGUGACGACGCCCGCUUUGCCCAGUGCUGCUGACCUCACCUUCACCCCUCCCAAGAUUUCAUUAAGGCUGUGCCAGACGGGUGUUCGUAUCAGGGCUCAGUUUCAGCCGGGGGCUCAUGAACAAGAAGCUAUAUUAACUUGUUAGGGGACAGCUGCCGUGUGUUGAACCCACUGUGUGUGUGUGUGACUGUGUGUGUUUUCUUUUCUCCCCCCCCCCCGGGAACAGACAUCUACUGACUGUUUUGAUACAUGGGUGCAAUUUGUCAGUUAACAGCUGACAGUGCUAGACGAGGGUAUGGAUUUACAUUCAUCUCUGUAGAUAUGCCAUUUCACGUGGGAGAGUCGACGGAGCAGCAGGCCACGGCGUGAGCCAGCCUCUGGAUCUGAUCUGACAUACAGCCCUCACCACAGUUUGCAGUGCUUUACUGUGCUUUGCGCUUUUUGUCCAUGUACAUGUUAUUUCAAAUGGUUAACAAGCAGUUUUUUUGAUGAUGAAAGAUGGUCUUCUUACACCAUAUCUUGCAUGCGUUAUGUGAUUUAGCUUAAAGCCCCUCGCAAUUACUUAAGCUACUGUACAUAAGACUAUUGGAAAAUCGAUUUGAGAGUAUUGCGUUCUCCUUGUUCUUACAAGUUAGCAGAACAUCCUAGAGUCUCUUGGCUGUCUGUCAUACGAUAGGCUACCCACUCACUCGUCAGAACAGACAUAACAUUGGCAAUUAGGCCUAGCUUCAUGGAUAGGCCCUAUGUCAUUCAAAUAGGUGUUUGUCAAAUUACUUUUACCCUCAUUGCAUGUUCGAAUCAAAAAGCCAUGCAUGUUUGAAUUCCCACUCCUGAUUUUCUGCACUGGCACUAUGCUGCACAUAUUCACUGCUAAUCCAACAAACCAGCUGAGCGAGCUAUAAAACCGGGGUGGAAGAAAUCCACUCAAGGCCGGCGUCGAACAUUAUACACCUCUAAUGGUUUUUGCAUUGUUGGGAUCAGGUUAGCUGCGUGCCUGGCCGGCGGCGCUGGAUCCCCGCUAACGUGUAGCAUGUUGGCUUUCAGAAACUGUGAACCAAAGUAGCUUCCACAGCUCUACUCUGACAAUCGACAAUCAGUCAUCCAGACUGACGCCUGGCUACACUGCACUCCGAUCCAUGGGGGGAAUUAUAAGGCUGUAACAGGAGAAAUGGGUCUAUAUCGGGUUGAGAUACCGUCUCUGAUGGGGAAUGCAUAUGAACUUAUCCAUUGCUGACAGAUAGGACUUUGUAAAGAUUCCUCGCAGGAGUCGCAGCAUCACUAAUUCUCUCUUUCUCUCUCGCAUAUAAAAAGUGCUGCCACAGGAGGAGCGGAUGGAUUUGUGAUUUGCUGUCAGGGAUUCUGCGGUGUAAUUGGUCCUGUUUAUCAAGUGUAGCCUUUCUUGUCCCAGUGGGACUGUUCUUUCUAGGGUUAAGUUGAGGGCUUGAGGCAUAACUCCUGUGAGGUUAAGUUUAGAAUAAGGCUGUGGGAGAGCUUUAAACAGGAAAAACAAAGUAAAAUGAAUGCCUCACACGGGAAGUGAACCAGUACUGUUGAGAGCCGUAAGCCACGGUUUACGCCCUCCAUCCACCCCGCCAGUUGCCACAACACCCUAGCAGGUACCUCUGCUACAACUCUGUAAAAUGUGCUGCCCUCUCGUUGACACAUGGCCUCCCUGCAUUCGGAAAGUAUUUAGACCCCUUCCCUUUUCCCACAUUUGUUACGUUACAGCCUUAUUCUAAAAUUGAUUAAAUAAAAUGUUUCCCUCAUCAAUCUACACACAAUACCCCAUAAUAACAGCAGGUAGCUUAGUGGUUAAGAGCGUAGUGCCAGUAACCGAAAGGUCGCUGGUUCUAAUCCCCGAGCCGACUAGGUGAAAAAUCUGUCGAUGUGCCCUUGAGCAAGGCACUUAACCCUAAUUGCUCCUGUAAGUCGCUCUGGAUAAGAGCGUCUGCUAAAUGACUAAAAUGUAAAUGUAAAUGUAAUGAAAACAGGUUUCUAGAAUUUUUGCAAAUGUAUUAAAAAUAUAAAACCUACCUUAUUUACAUAAGUAUUCAGACCCUUUGCUAUGAGACUUGAAAUUGAGCUCAGGUGCAUCCUGUUUCCAAUGAUCAUCCUUGAUGCUUCUACAACUUGAUUGGAGUCCACCUGUGGUAAAUUCAAUUGAUUGGACAUGAUUUGGAAAGGCACACACCUGUCUAUAUAAGGUCCCACAGUUGACAGUGCAUGUCAGAGUAAAAACCAAGCCAUGAGGUCAAAGGAAUUGUCCAUAGAGCUCCGAGACAGGGUUGUGUCAAGGCACAGAUCUGGGGAAGGCUACCAAAAAAUGUCUGCAGCAUUGAAGGUCCCCAAGAACACAGUGGCCUCCAUCAUUCUUAAAUGGAAGAAGUUUGGACCCACCUAGACUCUUCCUAGAGCUGGCCGCCCGGCCACACUGAGCAAUCAGGGGAGAAGGGUCUUGGUGAGGGAGAUUACCAAAAACCCGAUGGUCACUCUGACAGAGCUCCAGAGUUCCUUCCAGAAGGACAACCAUCUCUGCAGCACUCCACCAAUCAGGCCUUUAUGGUAGAGUGGCCAGACGGCAGCCACUCCUCAGUAAAAGGCACAUGAUAACCUGCUUGGAGUUGCCAAAAGGCACCUAAAGGACUCUGACCAUGAGAAACAAGAUUGUCUGGUCUGAUGAAACCAAGAUUGAACUCUUUGGCCUGAAUGCCAAGCGUCACGUCUGGAGGAAACCUGGCACCAUCCCUACCGUGAAGCAUGGUGGUGGCAGCAUCAUGCUGUGGGGAUGUUUUUCAGCGGCAGGUACUGGGAGACUAGUCAGGAUUGAGGGAAAGAUGAACGGAGCAAAGUGCAGAGAGAUCCUUGAUGAAAACCUGCUCCAGAGCGCUCAGAGAUCUGAAAAUAGCUGUGCAGCGACGCUCCCCAUCCAACCUGACAGAGCUUGAGAGGAUUUGCAGAGAAGAAUGGGAGAAACUCCCCAAAUACAGGUGUGUCAAGCUUGUAACGUCAUACCCAAGAAGACUCAAGGCUGUAAUCGCUGCCAAAGGUGCUUCAACAAAGUACUGAGUAAAGGGUCUGAAUACUUACGUAAAUGUGAUUUGUUUCUUUUAUUUUUAAUAAAAGUGCAACAUUUUCUAAACCUGUUUUUGUUUUGUCAUUAUGGGGUAUUGUGUGUAGGUUGAGGAAAACCCCCCCAAUUUAAUCCAUUUUAGAAUAAGGCUGUAACGUAACAAAAUGUGGAAAAAGUCAAGGGGUUUGAAUACUUUCCGAAUGCACUGUAACUAACUUCCUUAUACGUCUAGAAAGAAGCAUAAAGCUGAUGAUCGUGCUGUGAAGGCCAAUACAAAGCAUGCUUUGUGUCCCGUUAUUCUGAUGGAUAAACAGCAGCUAUUUUGUUUACUCUUGGAACAUCUUGUCUGUCUGUCCCCCAGUCCAAAGAGACCGAAACCCCAGUUUGCUUCCAAGGUGUAGUUUUACCAGCUUCAGUCCCCCAGACUGGCAUGCCAGGCAACACAGAGAAGCAUUUCUCACCUAUUUUACAUAUGUGCCGCUCCCUCCCUCUUCCCAGUUUAAAGUUACACCAUGGCUUGGGGGCUCUACCUCUUCCCCCCCCCUUGACAACCUCCCAACCAUGUCAAUGUGGUGGGGUACAAGUUGUCCAAGAAGAGCUGUGUUGACGUUGGUUUCCAUGGAUCCGUGGACAGGGGGUAAGCGUGUGGGUGUAAUGACAGGCCACAGCUGGAUGUCUUGGUACCUCAGGAGCGUGCCCUGUACAGUUAAACCGUUACCCAGCGAAGCAACAGCCAGUAGGUCAGACAGACUGCUGUCUGAAUGCCUUCCUCCCCUGAGUGAGAAAGACUUAUCAUGAGCCCUAGUUAGAAAAUCAGGGAAAGCAUGCAGGAUGCCAUGCUAGGAAACUAGAGCUAUUUAAAGUUCAUAAUGUCUUUCUUCAUACAGUUGUGUAGUUUUCUGAUGUUUGCACUUCUCUUACAGGAAGGUAAGUGCAGGCAAAGAGAGAACCCUGAAUUACGUUUUAAUAGGAAUUUUGGGAGUGUGUCGGUGUGAGUGUUCUGACGUGCACACAAUAUAAGCCGCUGCCUCGCAAGGCAGCUAAGAGGCUGAGGGUCUUGAUUACAGUUCACACUUGAAUUGACGACCCUCAACUUUGUCACUUCUGUCUCAGGCUUAUUUCUUGUUAUGAAGCCACAUAACAGUCUUGGCUGAUCACCGAGACUAGUUUAGUCCAGCAUUUGCACAGGCUUAGUAUUCAAAGUAUGAUAAGACCGGGUGGGGAGAAGUGUAUGCACACACAUUAUAUUGGCUUACUAGGUUGUAAAAUAAAAUAUGAAGGCCUUGCAUUUUACACCCAUAACAUACUUGUGUUGGUAGGCUGCACAGCCACAAUGUCAUUUGGAUGGCUUAGAAUGACUUCUGUUCUGGCUUUUACUUUUAGGAGUGCCAAUAACUAGGCUAGCUCUAGCCUGAAUGCAAAUACUAUUAUUGUGCUUCUUACAGUGUAGACCUAGUUAUGUUCAUUUGACUGACUCUUUACGGGUACAUGGUACUGGCAUUGGCCUUGUUUCUAUUGUCCAGUCCUGCUGGUAACCGAUAAGGGUCAUACUUGUACUUUACUGCUGUUAAUGGAUAGGCUAGAGAUUUCAUUAUUGUAGCGUUUAGUUUAGAACUUUCCCUUGUGACUGCUUAACCAUUUGCGACAACAUCUCCUCUUAGUCUUAACCAUCACGAAGACCCUCGUGGAUCUCUUUCACAGACAGACACGGAGUCCCCCUAGGGGCCGUGUUGAGGCCGAACGGGUGACUGCUGUGUUUGGUAUAAAACCUAAACUGAUGGAGUGGCGGGGGCAGGGAGGAGCUCUCAGCGGUCUCAUUAGUCGAAGAGUUGAUUGAGCUCUUAUUAAUAGGUGGCUGUUGUUGACGGCCUGCUCUCAGAGCUCCACACUUAUCACAUUAAAGCCUCCAUCCAGCUCUUCUUACAGAGGCGAGGACAUGUUGCCAAUGAAGAGGGCAUCUGGCGCAAACAGCGACGCAGUUCAUUUUACACUAUGUUGUCGGUGCCAUAUUAAAUAGGCGCAGAAUAUAAAAAAGAAUUGAUCACAGAUCAAAGGUGUCUGUUUUUGGAUGGAUGAGUCUUUGAUGUAGGCUAUUCCCCUGUGCUAGCUAUCCUUUCACUGGGAGAUGAGUUAGUUUGUUACAUUUGUUUCUUUUUUUUGACAGCUGAGAGUUACCGUCUGGUCCUUGUGCACCAAAGCCGUAUCUUACAUCAAGUAUCCCAAGGCAUGUCAGAAGGGUAAGUACGUGAGUAUAUUUGUGUGUUUUUCUACGUCAGCGAGAGGACCUGGGGACAGUGCCACACUGACUGGCUGAUAUAUGGGCUCGUGAAUCGCGUCCCUCCCUGUCCUUUGACCUUAGGGCCUAUGGGCCAUCUGCUGACAGCUGGAGCCCUCUUCAGUAAAUGGUGCAUGCUCGCCAUAACCUUUCUGUCAGCGGCCGGUGGAGUUAUUGUCUUGGGCUCUAACCACUACCCAAAAGGUUCACACACCACCACCACCACCACUACGUGACCCAAGCACCGUUGGAGCCACCGUAUAAAUAAUCCAGCAAUGCCAACCACUUGCCGCUGAAGGCCUCUUGAUAAUUACACUCCAAUAGACUGUGCUGUACAGCACACCAAGGCUAUAGGUACAGUCUCCAAUUGGGUUCACAUGACGACUAAAUGAGCACAAAUCAUUUUGGACUGAUGUGUCCACUAGAUUAACAUAAUGUAGGUCUAAAGCAUAUCAUUGUACUUUUGCAUCUGCAAAUUGUCCUCUAUCCCAACAUUGUCUUUGUACAACGACUUGACAAUUAGUAGUUGAGUCAGGUGUGCUUGUGUGGGGCAAGAACAUAAAUGUGCAACCUUUGGCACUUGAGGACUGAAUUUGACACUGUUAAAUACCGUUUCCUGUGAAGUGUUGACCCCCUUAUCUGUCGUUCCAGGGAUAGACUUCAGCAGGGACGGCUGCUACAUGGCCCUAGCAGAGCGCCGCGACUGCAAAGACUACGUUAGCAUGUUUGUGUGUGACGACUGGCACCUACUGAGGGUGAGCGCCCCUCCGAGCUCGCACCACGGGAGUGUCCAAAAACCUUUGGAUUUGCAUUUUAGUUUGAUACAUGCAUACAUAUACUGAGUAUACAAAACAUUAGGAACACUUUCAAUUCAUCAGGGCAUGGACUGGGUGGUGGACCAUUCUUGAUACACGCGGGAAACCUUUGAGCGUGAAAAACCUAGCAGCGUUGCAGUUCUUGACACGCAAAACAGUGUGCCUGACACCUACUACCAUACCCAGUUCACUUAAAUAUUUUGUCUUGCCCAUUCACCCUCUGAAUGGCACACAUACACAAUCUGUCCCAAUUGUCUCAAGGCUAAGAAAUCCUUCUUUAACCUGUCUCCUCCCCUUCAUCUACACUGAUUUGAAGUGGAUUUAACAAGUGACAUCAAUAAGGGAUCAUAGCUUUCACCUGGAUUCACCUGGUCAGUCUGUCAUGGAAAGAGCUUGUGUUCCCAAUGUUUUGUACGCUCAGUGUACAUUUUGACACAUUGUAAAGUGGGACCCAAACCACAGAUGCGCAGUUUGUCCCUGUCUAUGUUCUGCUAAUUGUCUGGAUCCUCUUGUUUGACCUCCAUGUCUACCUUUCAAAGCACUUUGAAACAGAGACCCAGGACUUGGCGGGGGUGGAGUGGUCUCCUAAUGGCUGUGUUCUGGCUGUGUGGGACAGCUGUUUAGAGGUAAGCCAUUGGGAAAUUAGUUGACAAUAUGUUGACAUAGAGUGGGAACCCUGAGUAUGUGUGUGUGAACUAGUGUUGUGUGUGCGCGCGCUCCCCAGUACAAGGUGCUGCUGUACUCGCUGGACGGCCGGCUGCUGUCCACCUUCAGUGCGUAUGAGUGGUCGCUGGGCAUCAAGUCUCUGGCCUGGAGUCCCAGCAGCCAGUUCCUGGCCAUCGGCAGCUAUGAUGAAAAGGUCUGGGCUCUGUCUCCUCCUUCUCUUCCUAUAGGCUUAGGGUGCCUUCCAGAUGCACACAUUCUGUGCAACCGGUGCAGAUCAGUGUUCAUUUUGUUAAAUUAUUGUUAAUUUAGUCAAUUACCUAUUUUUCCUGAUAAACGAUUGAUGAUAACUACAAAUGCCUUGGCAAAAAACUAACUAUUACAAAUGACUUUUCAUUUUAGUUGCUGAAAUUGUAACUAGACGAGAAUUCCACGUGAGACUAAUGGUCAUUCAAUUUGACAUGAAGCUCCUUUUCAUCUGUUUUGUCCACUGAUAAGCAUGCAUGCCUUAGUAGAAUAUUUAAUGAAAUCCUCUCAUUGGCCGAUAACGUCUUUCAGUCGCGCGGGCUGCUUGAGCAGACCCGGCUCUCCCACACACAGCUCCCAGGCGGUCACUUAAAUCACUAUUUUCUCUUUUCAACUGAUGCGCAGCCAGGACACUUCAAUUUUAACUUGCCUCAAUUAGAAACAGUAAUGUAUUUGAUAAUCUUUGCUUUCAUAUAGGCCAAUUUGGCUCUGUUCACACAAUGUGCACUGUAAUUCAUCUGUGUUCCCACUCUCGCGUUUCCGCAAAUGCAAGUUGCAGUUGCUUUUUUCCGACAUUUAAUACUUCUGCCGUUCUUGGAAAGCUCAUUCUCCCCUUUAAGGAAACCACUGUUAUACAUCCCCCUCUGACAGUUAUGAUGGGGAGAAAAUCAGAGCUGUAAAUAGUUUAACCUGUAGCCAAGGCUUUAUAGCCAUAUGGUUCAUUAUUGCUGGUAUUGGUUCAAAUCUGCCACAAUAGCAAUGUUGCCAGCUAAGGUAUAGGAGGGGAUAGUAGGCCUAGCUGGACAAUACUAUCUGCACAAGUUUUAGUUAUGUAUUGGAUAAAAUGCACUGACUUAUGUGACUGAUAACUCAAACUAACGAAGUAUGAAAUUACUAAAAUGUGACGAGUAAACUGUAUUUUAAGACUAAAUCUAAAAUAGCUGCCAAAAUUAACACUGGUGUAGAUUAUCUUCUCAGGAACCACAUCAAUAUAAUAUAAACUCUUAUCCUGGAAUUGCUAUCGUGCGCAUGCCUGAACAGAAAAGUGAUUAUUGGUCAAGUCCCAUUCCAAACAUUUGGGGCUGGUUUCCCAGACACAGAUUAGGCGUAGUCCUGUAAUGAAAGCACUUUCAAUGGAGAAUGCAUUCUGUGUCUGGAAUAUCAGCCCAUAGACAUGGAGAAAAGACUAGAAGGAAUUGAAGCUAUUUUAGACUAUAGUGACAUGGACUUGGUGUAUGACUGAUGAGGUGGUCUUACCUGAUGGUUUUGAUCAUGUCCCACUCAGGUGCGGAUCCUAAACCACAUCACCUGGAAGAAAGUGACUGAGUUUGACCACCCAGCCACCAUCAACAAUACUAAAGCUGUGAGUACUCUUUCCAAUUAGUAAAUGUCAGUUAUGGGAUGACCUAACAUGCUGAGGGGUAGGGGUUAAGGGUCAAUACAACUUUCACUAGUGUGCCCUUACUCUCUACUACUCUCCGUCAAUCAUUCUUAACCCUCUAUUCCCCCUCCCUGUCCUUCCCCCAUUCUACUUCUUAAUCUCUACUAAUAUGUUAAUUGAUUGAACUGAUGGCAAGAAAGACCAGUUGCAGUUAAAUACACUGCUCAAAAAAAUAAAGGGAACACUUAAACAACACAAUGUAACUCCAAGUCAAUCACACUUCUGUGAAAUCAAACUGUCCACUUAGGAAGCAACACUGAUUGACAAUACAUUUCACAUGCUGUUGUGCAAAUGGAAUAGACAACAGGUGGAAAUUAUAGGCAAUUAGCAAGAUACCCCCAAUAAAGGACUGGUUUUGCAGCUGGUGACCACAGACCACUUCUCAGUUCCUAUGCUUCCUGGCUGGUGUUUUGGUCACUUUUGAAUGCUGGCGGUGCUUUCACUCUAGUGGUAGCAUGAGACGGAGUCUACAACCCACACAAGUGGCUCAGGUAGUGCAGCACAUCCAGGAUGGCACAUCAAUGCGAGCUGUGGCAAGAAGGUUUGCUGUGUCUGUCAGCGUAGUGUCCAGAGCAUGGAGGCGCUACCAGGAGACAGGCCAGUACAUCAGGAGACGUGGAGGAGGCCGUAGGAGGGCAACAACCCAGCAGCAGGACUGCUACCUCCGCCUUUGUGCAAGGAGGAGCAGGUGGAGCACUGCCAGAGCCCUGCAAAAUGACCUCCAGCAGGCCACAAAUGUGCAUGUGUCUGCUCAAACGGUCAGAAACAGACUCCAUGAGGGUGGUAUGAGGGCCCGACGUCCACAGGUGGGGGUUGUGCUUACAGCCCAACACCGUGCAGGACGUUUGGCAUUUGCCAGAGAACACCAAGAUUGGCAAAUUCGCCACUGGCGCCCUGUGCUCUUCACAGAUGAAAGCAGGUUCACACUGAGCACGUGACAGACGUGACAGAGUCUGGAGACGCCGUGGAGAACGUUCUGCUGCCUGCAACAUCCUCCAGCAUGACCGGUUUGGCGGUGGGUCAAUCAUGGUGUGGGGUGGCAUUUCUUUGGGGGGCCGCACAGCCCUCCAUGUACUCGCCAGAGGUAGCCUGACUGCCAUUAGGUACCGAGAUGAGAUCCUCAGACCCCUUGUGAGACCAUAUGCUGGUGCGGUUGGCCCUGGGUUCCUCCUAAUGCAAGACAAUGCUAGACCUCAUGUGGCUGGAGUGUGUCAGCAGUUCCUGCAAGAGGAAGGCAUUGAUGCUAUGGACUGGCCCGCCCGUUCCCCAGACCUGAAUCCAAUUGAGCACAUCUGGGACAUCAUGUCUCGCUCCAUCCACCAACGCCACGUUGCACCACAGACUGUCCAGGAGUUGGUGGAUGCUUUAGUCCAGGUCUGGGAGGAGAUCCCUCAGGAGACCAUCCGCCACCUCAUCAGGAGCAUGCCCAGGCGUUGUAGGGAGGUCAUACAGGCACGUGGAGGCCACACACACGACUGAGCCUCAUUUUGACUUGUUUUAAGGACAUUACAUCAAAGUUGGAUCAGCCUGUAGUGUGGUUUUCCACUUUAAUUUUGAGGGUGACUCCAAAUCCAGACCUCCAUGGGUUGAUAAAUUUGAUUUCCAUUGAUAAUUUUUGUGUGAUUUUGUUGUCAGCACAUUCAACUAUGUAAAGAAAAAAGUAUUUAAUAAGAUUAUUUCAUUCAUUCAGAUCUAGGAUGUGUUAUUUUAGUGUUCCCUUAAUUUUUUUGAGCAGUGUAUAUUUAUAAACUGGGUGGUUCGAGCCCUGAAUGCUGAUUUGGCUUAAAGCUGUGGUAUAUCAGACCGUAUACCACGGGUAAGACAAAACAUGUAUUUUUACUGCCCUAAUUACGUGGGUAACCAGUUUAUAAUACCAAUAAGGGACCUCGGGAGUUUGUGAUUAUGUCCAUUAUACCAUGGCUAAGGGCUGUGUCAUGGCACUCCGUGUUGCGUCUUGCAAAACAGCCCUAAGCCGUUGUAUAUUGGCAUUAUACCCACACCCCCUCGGGCCUUAUUGCUUAAAUAUACACAGUGUACAAAACACUAAGGAACCCUUCCUAAUAUUGAGUUGCACUCCCCCCGCUUUGCCCUCAGAACAGCCUCAAUUCGUCGGGGCAUGGACUCUACAAGGUGUCGAAAGCGUUCCACAGGGAUGCGGGCCCAUGUUGACUCCAAUGCUUCCCACAGUUGUGUCAAGUUUGCUGGAUGUCCUUUGGGUGGUGGAACAUUCUUGAUACACACAGGAAACUGUUGAGUGUGAAAAAUCCAGCAGCAUUGCAGUUCUUGACACAAACCGGUGCGCCUUUCACCUACUACCAGACCCCGUUCAAAGGCACUUAAAAAUGUUGUCUUGCCCAUUCACCCUCUCAAUGGCACACAUACACAAUCCAUGUCUGAAUUGUCAAGGCUUAAAAAUCCUUCUUUAACCUGUCUCCUCCCUUUCAUCUACACUGAAGUGGAUUUAACAAGUGAGUGACAUCAAUAAGGGAUCAUAGCUUUCACCUGGUCAGUCUGUCAUGGAAAGAGCAGUUGUCCUUAAUGUUUUGUUACACUAAGUGUAUAUACACUACAUUACCAAAAGUAUGUGGACACCUGCUCGUCGAACAUCUCAUUCCAAAAUCAUGGGCAUUAAUAUGGAGUUGCUCCCCCCUUUUCUGCUAUAACAGCCUCCACUCUUCUGGGAAGGCUUUCUACUAGAUGUUGGAACGUUGCUGAGGGGACUUGCUUCCAUUUAGUGAGGUCGGGCACUGAUGUUGGGCGAUUAGGCCUGGCUCGCAGUUGGCGUUCCAAUUCAUCCCAAAGGUGUUAAAUGGGGUUGAGGUCAGAGCUCUGUGCAGGCCAGUGAAGUUCUUCCACACCGAUCUCGAUAAACCAUUUCUGUAUGGAUCUCGCUUUGUGCACGGGGGCAUUGUCAUGCUGAAACAGGAAAGGGCCUUCCCCAAACUGUUGCCACAAAGUUGGAAGCACAGAAUCGUCUAGCGUAAAAAUGUCCCUUCACUGGAACUAAGAGGCCUGAACCAUGGAAAAACAGCCCCAGACCAUUAUUCAUCCUCCAUCAAACUGUAUAGUCGGCACUAUGCAUUCAGGCAUCCGCCAAACCCAUAUUCGUCCGUCGGACUGCCAGAUGGUGAAGCGUGAUUCAUCACUCCAGAGAAUGCGUUUCCACUGCUCGAGUCCAAUGGCGGCGAGCUUUAGACCACUCCAGCUGACGCUUGGCAUUGCGCAUGGUGAUCUUAGGCUUGUGUGCGGCUGCUCAGCCAUAGAAACCCAUUUCAUGAAGCUCCCGACGAACAGUUAUUGUGCUGAUGUUGCUUCCAGAGGCAGUUUGGAACUCGGUAGUGAGUGUUGCAACCGAGGACAGACUAAUUUUACACGCUACGCGCUUCAGCACUCGGCGGUCCUGUUCUGUGAGCUUGUGUCGCCUACCACUUUGUGGCUCCUAGAUGUUACCACUUCACAAUAACAGCACUUACAGUUGACCGGGGCAGCUCUAGCAGGGCAGAGAUUUGACGAACUGACUUGUUGGAAAGGUGGCAUCCUAUGACCGUGCCACGUUGAAAGUCACCGAGCUCUUCAGUAAGGCCAUUCUACUGCCAAUGUUUGUCUAUGGAGAUUGCAUGGCUGUGUGCUCGAUUUUAUACACCAGUCAGCAACGGUGUGGCUGAAAUAGACGAAUCCACUAAUUUGAAGGGGUGUCCACAUAAUUUUGUCCGUGUAUGUAGAUAUACAACUUUCAAAAUAUAGAACUACAGCUGGUAUGAUGCAAAAUGCAUCAUACCAGCUAGCUGUAUUUUGAAAGUUCUCACUCUCUCCUCUGCUACAGUACUCACACACCAUUUCAUGUCUCCUUCUACUGCUUUAUAUGUCAUGUCCAAAGUAAUUGCUUGAAACACGAUGCUUUUAAUCUAAAGAAAAAUAAAAUCUGCUUUUAAUUGUGAGCAAGAGCUGCGAAAGGACCAUUAUUUACCUACCAGGGCACUUUCUGUCCAAAUCUUUUGCUGUCACUCUUAAUGCUUGGGUGUAGAUGAGGAAGUGUUGACCAUGCCAGGUGACUGACUGGAGCUUGUGUUGUCAGGUGAUCUACAAGGAGGUGGAGAGGAGGCCGGUGGUGGGGAGUGCGGACCUGUCCAUCCAGCAACACAUCACCAUGGGGAGCACCCUCUUCAACACACAGAGUAAAUGUGAGCGCAACUCAUCACGCCACACAUGGCAGCGGAUAUUAGCCAACAGGAGUGUACAUUUUAAUUAAAUAUGCAACAUUAUUAGCUGUAACUCUUUCAUUAAACCAACAUUAUGAAAAGUAUUAUAAGAAAAUAUGCAAUUUGGCAUAAAGAUUGACUUGAAAUUGAGAUGGUAUAACUGACUCCAAUGUUCUCAAUAACCCAUAUUCAGCAUACUCUUUAUUAGUAAACUGGAAAAUCAACAGUUUAAUCACAGAGUCUAUAUCAGACUGUCAAAAUUGUCUGGCUGACUUAUUGAUCCUGCUUUUGUGGUGCACGCCUCUGUUGUAGAUGAGAUCUGCCCAUUGCCAGUCCAGGUACCUGUGGUCAAACCUGACCUGGACCGUGCCAACCCUAAAGUCGGGGUCUCCUCCAUGGCUUUCAGCUCGGACAACCGCUACCUGGCCACGAAGAAUGGUAAGGGACAGAUUCACACUGGAACGUUGCUCUACUAGCCACAGGUGUCAAAUCUGCAGACCCACAAACAGACCCUUUACCAACCAGGGUUAGAUGUUGUCAAUCAUUUUCUGUAUUGUUUGUAUAGCAUUUGGUGGCUGUCACAGAAUUACUAGUCCCAUUUAAUUGUAUGGUGGCUGUAGGACAAUGACUGUGCUGACUCUGGCGUGUGCGCCUACCCCUGCAGACAACAUGGCCUGCGUGGUGUGGGUAUGGGACAUGCAGAGGCUGGGGCUGCUGGCGGUUCUGGAGCAGACGUCGGCCGUGCGCUGCUUCCAGUGGGACCCCCGUCGACCCCGUCUGGCCCUUUGCACCGGCAACGCCAAGCUCUACCUCUGGUCCCCCGCAGGCUGCGUCUCUGUCCAGGUCCCCGCUGAAGGUACUGUAGCUGUGACCCGGCCGCCAUCGUCACCACAAACCCCAUAGCAUGUGAAGUCAAACAUCACUUAUCAUGGAGUGCUGGGUUUUAAUAAAACCGUGUAGUAGUCAAGCACAGUCAAAUGCUCCAACAUGUACCUUUAUUGGUUAACAAUGGAUCUUCAUCAGGUCACCACAAAAGCCACGCAAAUAGAACAGUGUUUCCCAAACCUCUUCAAGUUAAAUCAAGUACUCGGAUAGAACGAAUAAGCUGGGGGUACUCGAAGAGGUAUGGUAAAUAUUGAAAUGGAGGAACAGCACACUGGUAGGGACACUUUAGCUUGGCAUAUUUGAGCAGUAGGUGGAGAUCCUUAACGCCACUUUUGUGUCCCUCCUUCCUAGGUGGUUUCCAGGUGCAAUCACUGAAUUGGCACUGCAGUGGAGACUCCCUGAUCCUGCUGGGGAAAGAGCAGCUGUGUCUGUGCUACAUGGAGACGGAGGAGGAAGAGGACAACGACAAGUGAAACAGCCCCACAUCCUCUCUCCUAUGGGGCCAGAGCAUUAAGAUUAGUACUCCAAAGACUGUCUGACCCACUUCCAGACACCAUGCUCAAUCAGGGCUGUGGUCUGCACUCUGACAGUCAACUCCAUGGCCAUUAAACAGUGGUCAUGUACUUGCACUGGUCAGUGUUGGCCAUCCCUGCAGGUAACGUUCCACUUAUUUAGGGGAGGACCACAAUAUAGGGCAGGCGAUGAAUGAGGUCAUAUUAAAGCUCCUGUAGUAUUUGUUAAAAGAUAAUGUUUACAAAGUCUAUUUGUCAAAUCUGUCAUUUUUAAUCAUUAAGUAUUUGAUUUGUGUUGAUGUCUAGAGGUAACA